GAAAGGAAAAUACAAAGCGGUCUGUAUUUCAGUUGUGCCUGCCGCCAAUGUACAUUCACCCAAUUAGAACAGUUGCGCCGUGUUUCAAAUUGCCUGCCCUAUGUCCUUAGGUAAUUAUGUAACACAGAAGGAUCAUUUGGGCGUUGUUUGCCUAGUGACAUAUUGAUGCCCAAUUGGGAAGGGAGGCCUAACGGGGGUGUAGGAAGGAGCAUCUUUCUCUGAACUCCGACCGCGCUCUUCCAACGUCAGUCUUGUGUCAAGGCACUUUCCUUCUUCGUGGAAUCAGACAUGAAGACAACCGCCGACUCGCUCUACCGACAGCUCCAACUGACCACGCCCAGAAUUACGAGUCUCAUCCAAAACGUCCACCAUGAGAUCUCGUGUCUUGACUCAUUCUCCGAGAUCCGCCAACGUUUCACCCACACCGUCUUUGUGCGCCUCUCCGACCUGGACCGCUACCUCGUCCAGGCUGUCCUCCUCACUCCCAGCCCCUACAUUGACUUGUCCAAAGACAACGAACAAGAAACUGAUGAGGUCAGCCGUCUUUUGUUUCUCAGGUGGUCAUGGGCUGAUGCGGUUCUCCGCAAUGUCCUUGCCCGCCUGCUUGGUUUCGUUGACCACAACAAUCCAGGGUGUGUUAGCGCCGAUACUGGACAAGUUGAUGCUCUUGCUGAAGAACUCAGCGUACGCCAUGAUGGGAAGUUCCCUGGUGAUAGACGCGCGAGGAGAGUGGAGCGGCUGAUCCAUGAUGAGCUGAACGAGGACUUCUUCGAAGGAAUGAGGAAAGAUCCAUGGAAACUCAGUCGAGAAUUGACCGACAUUACUAUCGCUCCGCAUCCGGACGAUAUUCCAAUGUGGAGGCUGGUGGCGCGCCAAGUGACAGACAGAUACCGUCCUUGCCUUCGAUGGCCAGGCGUACACUUUGCGGCAGCCAAGGCCGGGUUCUACGAGGACGGUCGACGAGAUUUGUUCGAAUAUCCUUUCUACGGAGAAUGGUGGAGUGAAGCCUUCUCCGCCAUUCCAUCUGCAACAACCCCAGAAGAACCGAGUACAGAGUCGUCCACAAAUGACCGAACUGAGCUGGAAAGGGGACUUCGCGCUGUCUUUGAUGCUGCAGAUGUUUGGGACGUCUGGACUCUGUGCCGCGUGUGGCUAUGCGAGGAAGCCCUUUGGGGUGUUGAUCAAGAGCCAGGCACAGCAAGAGACUUUGCGUACUUGGAAAGUCUGGAAAUGUUCAACAAGCACUGGAUACGCAAGACACAACAGGUGGCAGCGCCUGCGAGAAAUAUGUGGGAUCCCGACAACGAGUUUCUGCAGCGAAGACACAUUGAAGGCUCUCUAGAGGAGAGCGAUCCAGGGUACAGAGAGCAUGAGCAGCUCCUAACAACCUACCUUGCUCUAAACUGCUCUGCUCCGAUUCCAGAGCCUAAAGAGUGGUUCUUCUUUGCAUCCUAUGGCAAUUUUCACUUUUGGGACAUCACUGACCAGAAUAUCGUGUCAGGGCUUCUGGAAAGUGCGAAUCUCGACCCCCAAAGCCAAACCUGGGACCUCGUCUGCAUGUCAGAGUCAAGAAAAGACCAGGAGCACAUUGUUUCGAUGGAUAUGAACCCUCUGGACUUUGCCAUCCGUGCAGCUGCCAAGCAGCUGUCCAAGAAGAUGUGUGUAAGAACCUGGACAAGGCAUGGUCUGAUUGGGUAUGCUGUCUUCCUCGUUCUUGCUGUCUUCGCCUACGCUCUCUGCUAUGUGGCUCAUGAUUUCACCCAACAGAACGACUGUUUCCUCAUCCGCGGUCUUGACCACGACGAUGAUUUGAAACUCAUCGACCGAGAUACUAUAUACGUCCUUGAAACACUUCAAGGCAUUAGGGCGCGACUGCUCAAAGCAGUCGAGCAGGAAGGUGAACACGACGGUCUUGAGACAACAGACCGCCCCCAUCCGAAUCAACCAACAAGGGUCUCAGAGAAGAGAAGUCAAGUGAAGGGCUUCAGGAGAUGUCAUGACCCGUCUUAA